UGGUGGUCCCCGCGAGUUGGAGACGAUUCGUCGCAAACUAAAACUGCGAGGGGGAGAAAAAAAAAUGAAAUUACACAAACGCACACCGCCACAUUUUUUAUUUCACGGAAGAAAAAAAACCCUACACACACACCUAAAGAAUUUUAAAGUAUAGGGGGACGAAAAAAUAAUAAUGAAUGCCACCGGGGUGGCCACCCACGUAGCGGGGCUGAGGGUAACGACGCCAUUUCCCAUUGUCCCGUCCGCGGAGGCCGCGCUCCGUGCAGUUUUAUUCCCUCUUUCACCUCCCUCCCAUCCUUUUAAAACUUAUCAAUCGAUCAACUAUCAACCUCCACGUAUGUCCCGAUCGACUCCUAUCUGUAUCGACGAGGGGCCGGGAGCUGGUGGAGAAGACGAGGUAGGGUUGAGCUGUGAGCUGUCAUAGGGCUCGGCCGGCCAAAGCAGCAUGAACAGCAGCAGCGAUGGCAACACCAGCGUGGCGGGGAACAUCACUCUGGAUGUGGAGGAGGGCUGGCUGGUGGUGCUGGAGACGUCCUCUCUGGCGGCGCUCGCCACGCUGGUGUGCGUGGGAAACCUGCUGGUCACCGUCACGCUCUACCGCAAACCGUACCUCAUGACACCAAGCAACCGGCUCGUUAUGAGCCUCGCCGCCUCCAACCUGCUGCUAUCGCUGCUGGUGCUGCCAAUGGCGGCGGUGUGCGCUGCGCGCCGCGCCUGGGUCUUCGGCGUAGUGUGGUGCCACCUGACGGCACUGCUGCACAUGCUUGUCAGCUCGGCCAGUGCACUCACGCUCGGAGCUAUCGCCCUCGACAGGUACUAUGCAGUGCUGUACCCGAUGCUCUACCCAAUGAAGAUAACGGGGAACCGCGUGGCGUUUCUCAUCGCGUACAUGUGGCUGCACGCACUGGUCGGCUCGGCACCUCCACUCUUCGGCUGGCCGGGAUUCGAGUUCUCCGUCCACAAGCGCAUGUGCACUCCGGCAUGGUACCGGGGCCUUGGUUACGCCAUCUUCUGGCAGCUGUGGUGCAUGGUGCCACCCUUUGCCACCAUGCUCAUCUGCUACGGCAUCAUCUUCCGCGUCGCCCGGCGCAAAGCCCGCAGGGUCAGCUGUGGGGUAAUCGCAGUAGAGACGGAGCAGCUUUCUCCGGACACGAACCAAGAUUCGAACCUUGAAGCGGUGGAGGCGGUGCAGAAUGGCACCGUCGCGGCCGCCACCGCGAUCAAUAAACGGAGACGCAACACGACGGUCAGCCUGCCUUACUCGGGGAACCCCUGCAAGGCGCUGACGACGAUUGUGAUGGUGGUGGGCUCCUAUGCGCUGACCUGGCUGCCCUACCUGGUGGUGGUGAUGAUGGAGGCGGCAGGCGGCUCGGGCGCUGUGUCCGCCCGGGCGGAAGCGUUGGCGAUGUGGCUGGCGCUGAGUAGCGCGCUGUGCCACCCGCUUAUCUAUGGGCUGUGGAAUAAGACGGUGCGCAAGGAGCUGAUCGCCAUGAUCUGCUGCGGCUGCUACUGCUGCGGUGGGGAGCGCUACCGCAGGGACUCGUUCUUUCAGCGUCGGAGAACCUCGCGCCUCUUCAGCAUUUCCAACCGCAUCACAGACCUUGGCCUGUCGCCACACCUCACGUCUCUACUGGCAGGCGGGCGGCUUCCCAACCACGGCAGCAGCAGUGGAGACACGGGAUACAGCUUUUCACAGGACUCUGGCACGGACGUGAUGCUGCUGGAGGAGUCCGAGAGUUUACAGAGCGGCCGCUUCUACGGUCGGCGCCACAGCUCCGUGCCAAUGGAUGAGCUCCCGCUGAUCUCCACAGCCCUGCGGGAGCAGUCCCGGCACGAGCCCGUGGAGGUGCAAGCCGAAGUCCACAGUACCCUGGACUCCUUCGCCUCCAGCCUGGCGCAGGCCAUCGCCACCGAUGCGAAGUUCAGCAUUUUCGGCGACGCCUCCCGGCUCGACGGCGUCACCGACAUCGGCGUAGCAACACUCGGCAGCCUCCUGUCAGAUUUGUGUCCAAGCACGAGCGGGCAGCGGGGAGACGACGACGACAUCAGCAGCAGCAGCAGCAAUAGCAGCAGCGGCGGCGGCAGCGUUGGCGUCGGCGGCAGCGUCGGCAGUGGAGCGGAGUGUCCGUUUCUCCCGCGCUGUUCCACCCCGGCGCUGCUCGUGCCGGAGUACCCGCACCUGCCAGGCAGCGUGAUGGCAGUGGGGCCCGGCUCCGUGCACGGGUGCCGGCGCGGCAGUCGGACUUCGGUGGGGCAGAGGCCGCGUCUCGAAAGCAUCGACGAGGGCAUUGUGAACGACGGAUGCAACGAGGAAGAGUUCUAGGGCUCGGUGGUUUAUCGUCGUCGUUAUUUGCUGACAUGCAGAGGGCACCAGUAGGGAAACCUAGCUGCCAAAUGGUGAGUAACAUUAAGGAGAGGUAAAUAUACUGAGGGAGUUGCUCAUGAAGUCAAGGUUUCAAUUCCAUUGGCUAGAGAAUAACGGGGGAUUGGAACAUGUCGCAGGAAGAGAAUUGGUGUAAAGAAAAUGUAUUUGAACUGAAAGAUGGGGCACUGUACAGCUUUUGAGAAGAUGACAGAAGCAAGCAAUGACCUUAAAUGCCUUUACUGUUUAAAGUGACCUGGCACAUACCCCCACGGCAACUGGCAGCCUAUGCUUUGUUGCGCAAACUUUCCACAUCAGAUUAUAGGGUCGGUUACAGCCCAUCAGGGGGCUGGUCUGCCCAAGACUGGAUUUGUUGAACUUUUAGGGGAACAUUUUACUUGAACACAAAAGUGCCCUUAAAGUUAACCUUGCAGCCUGCCGACAUUUAAUAGCGAUCUACCAUGGCUUUGCUGUCAGCACUUAACGUCAGUCGGAACAGUUGUUCCGCGAAUUCUUGUGGCAUGCCACAUCUACCUCGCCCUUAAUUGUUCUCACGAUGCCACGGUGGUGUGCGCGCGAUAUGUGUGAAAAGCGCUUAGGGUUACCAAAUGUCCUCAAGGGAUCAAUACUUUAAUGUCAUUUCCUUGUUUUUAAGAGAAAGAAUCGUCAACGAGGACACACAUUUGUCAGUGACGUCCAAUGUGACGUCGAUUCCCGUGACACGUGUGAUGUCAGUAAAGUCUCGUUCCGAAGAAUUUAGAAUGAGAAAUUAAGCCGUGGCUAUAUGCAAAUCCAUUACAUCUGCAAUCUGUAUCGGGGUCGCCAUCAUUGUAACGUAUCGUGUCAUCAAAACAAUACAGGACCCACUUCCGUGUACUUAAGCUGGACUCGUUUAGGAAUUCCAGUGUAAUGUUAUAGGCGCUCCAACCAAACCAUGUGUACUUUUAGCCUUGGAAAGGUUUAUGUUUAGAAACCAUUCGUUUUUCUCAGCAGUAGGACACUCAACAGCAGUAAGUCAUAUUUCAGUAGAUACUACAGUAGAAUGCUUGCGUUUUGAGUACAUUUUAAGUUAUUGUGCCAAUUUUUAAUGCACCGGUGUCGGGACAGCAGAGAUAAUGUGCUCUGAUGUAUCUCCAUCUAAAACAUGUUCAUGCCAAUUCAACACGACACUUAACUAAAAAUACAUUUCAUGUAAACAGUGCGGAUGUUUAUGUAAACUGUUGAUAGUUUUAAUGAAAUAGUUUUUGCACAACGAAAUGUUGGUGUAUAAACAUUCUCAGAAAGAGUAGAAGUGUACGGGCAAGUUUUCUCUUUCAUCCGUGUGAUCUGACACGUUUUCUUAAAAGCGCAAAGGACGGUAUGACGAUAAAAGUAUUGUUAUAAUUUUGGUUUCUGAAAACUGGGUUUGGUCAGCGAUUGAUCUCCACAUGUUUUCAGCAGUCUAGUUCACAACAAACCAGCAAAACAUUAUCUCGUGCCUGGUGCUAACGUCAGUGUUUAUGGGCCGAACUCGCGGGAUGUAUUGAAAAUAUUUAUGAUAAAAAGUAGCACAGUUUCCGUUUUCACAUUGAAAACAUUCGUCAACUCCUGUGCACUGUUCUUGAGUCUAUGUUUUGUUUAGACGGCAGUGCAAACAUAGGUUGGGUGAUUGAAACUAUUGCAGGUACAGUACCGUUUAAGUAAAACGUUCAGUCACGUGCUCUUUGUUAAGCAACCAUUUCAUAUAUUUAUUUUCUCCAUAUAUAAGUGCAGUACAUUACGGUGGUUUCUUAUUUAGUUAUUUUUUUAAAUAUAAUUCCAUUGACAACAGUGUUGGCAGUGUCUGCAAACGUUUUGUAAUAUAACUGCAUCAGUGAAAACUGUAUUAUAAGCAUUUUAAAGAUUGUUGUGUUUUAGAAGAUCAAAUUCCUUUUUAUUUUCAGUAUUUUAAAAUUCUUAAAAUACCUUAAGAUGCUCAAACAAUUAUAACGUUGCUCAGAAUCAUAAUCGUUAUUUAUGCUGGAGAAAUCCAAUGAGCAUUGAGACUCUUUUUCACACGUCAAGUGGGGGCGCGGGUCAGAAAGUUACAACAACAAACAAUACACAAAAACAAUCGGAUGCCAACUAGAAAGCAGAAUUGUUCGAGACCUAUCUCUGGCUGACAUUAAGUGUCAUUAAGCAAGCCAACUUAUGCCUUUUAUUCCCUUCCCUGUGCCAUUGCCCUUUGCCAAUGAAAUUUGCUUAGCCGCGUGUACAACUUGUUGCCUCUGCCAGUCAACCUUUAUCCAAGGCAUGGUCACCACGAAUUCUCCAAGGCUGUGCUCGGCGUCUGGAACCACCUUUCCCUUCUCUGUCCCUUUUGGUAUCACUCAACCCCAUGUUCCAGACCUUCCUCUGCACACGAUUAACUGCCUCGCUUUUCACGUCUUCUAAGCCUGUGCUGCAGCCUUCAUCUCACCGUUGUUUCUCUUAUCUCCCUUCCAAUCCUUCUCUCACUUUUAUCUCGAAUGUGUCCUCUUGAGAGCCUUUGGAGAGCUUCCUCUCAGUUGUGGCCCUUCUGCCUGCAGCGGCAUGAGCAAGAAAUUGCAGCUUCGCCAAUGUUUUUUUUUACUUCUUUACAUUCUUUGACCGGAUCACCCAGAUCUUGGAAGCUAAGCUGGCCUGGGCCUGUAUAAUAGUCGAAUAUGUGACUACUUUGUAUUACAAGUAUCAUAAGAUGCUAGGGUUGUGCUGCGUUGAGGGCAAUGCAGCAAAAUCCAAUGUACAGUAUUGUACAUCCAUGCUCCCACGUCUAUGCACAAUAUGGCAAAAACAACUCCCAUGACUCCCGUUGCAUGGGGUGGCCCUCAUCCAGAAGUGUGCUGUGCGUGUACUCCUUUACGGAAACAUGACUUGUUGCAUUAUGUAGCCGUGUAAAUUAACUGCAAUGUGAAGGGGGGUGUUCCACGCAUCCCUUGUUGCUAUCCUUCCCUGGCUGGUAGCAGAAGAAUGAAUCGUUGAAAGGUUGAAGGCAGUUUUUUGAGUGCCCAACAUUGUCUGCUGCAACCUCCAAACAGUUUAUUUUGAAGCCCGGCAUCCGUGUGGGCUGAAGGUACUAAACGUGCAUUGUGUUACCGGAAGUCGAGUAGCAACACGUUGCCAACGUAAUUAUGGAGAACAUCGCAUAUCAGACUCACGAGGUAUGGAGGUACAGGUGGAUACGUAAACAUGUCUGAUAUGUGAAUGCAAUAGAAAAUGUUGGUUCAGUACGAAUAGGUAACCGGACAAAAAUAAAGCGAAGACUGCUCUAAGCAUAGGGAAAUGCUUCGGCUGUGCUUCAUACUUUAGCAAAUGUACGCGAGGUUUAAGGACACAUCACUGCAUGCGAAUGGUCGGAUUUGUGAACAUCUGUGGAAAAUGACAGUCGCAACCUUGCACAAAUACCUGCACUGACUGUGGAUGAUUAAGUGGUCGGCGUGGAUAUGUGACAUACUGUAAUUAGAAACCGGUGCAGUGUUUUAAUGUCAUUGUUUCGACUUAUCCUUGGUAUUUGUAACACUGGCUGCUGUUGUGACACGAGUGUAGAUGGUCCAACAAUGUUUGGUUGCCUCUAAAAAAAAUGCGGUUUACUUUGGCGAUUGGAUUAUGCCAUGGUUCACCAUAGCAUUGUGGUCUUAAAGAAAUGUUAUCAAUUGCAGUACUGUGCUGUUGUACGGCAUGCCAUAUGUUAUCUUCAGACACCACUACUCUAUAAUCAUGGGUGGCCCAAAUAUAUAAAUGUCCUGUUUAUGUAUUCCUUCCAUUCACAGUCAUUAUAUUCAAGCACCAUAUAUAUUUGAGUUGGUAAUUUUCUUGUAUGCACUUGAGGGAAAAGUGUAAUUGGCAGCUACCGAGAGAGUAUUUUGAAAACCCACUACCAGGAAAAGGAUGUUAUCAAGGUUAGGAUUUAUAUCAGUGUAUCAGCAAUAGCGUGUAGGAUUAAAAAAUAUAUAUUAUUUUAUCCAUGGCUGCAGUUAUUCCAGACUUGUGAACGUUAUUUCAAAACCUCCUGGUGUACAUACUUGUUGUCAUGUAAUGUUUUGUCCUGUAUAUUGUUUUGAGUUUUAUAGCCUUUUUACUAUGUUUUGCUUAAUAAACGGACAA